CGGGGUUUUUUUUUUGCGGGCGGUGGAGCGUUUUGCCUGCGAGGCCCGUGACCCCGAGACCAAACCUUGAACAGGCCGGUUCCACUACUUUGGAACAGCCUUUUCCAUCGAGACUCACACGACCGACUUUGCUUCUUGACUUCCAAUGUCUCGUCGGCUUGCUAGAGCAGGACUUGCCUAUCCUCUCUCGCGCUCCCCGCCAUGAAAUAACGGCUGUGUUGCCCGUCCUCCCUCUUGACCAAAUCCCUGCCUGCCUCUCGAAAGCGGCUGUGAUCGCCCUACUUUUCCGCCGUCUGCGCACAACGGUCCUCGACCAGCGUUUCUAGCUAUCCGCUUUUCUGCCACCCCUCCACACCUCUCCUCCACCUCACAGUCACUUUACCUCCUUCAAGAUGGUUCGGAACAUUGUCGUCCUGGGAGGAACUUCCCAUCCACACCUGACCCAGACGAUCUGCAACCACCUCGGAGUACCCCAGGCUAAUGUGCUCCUCACGAAAUUCUCCGUCGGCGAAACAAGAGUCGAGAUUGGGGAAUCCGUUCGCGAAAAAGAUGUCUAUAUCAUCCAAUCUGGCGGUGGUAAAGUCAACGACCACCUGAUGGAGCUUCUCAUCACCAUUUCUGCGUGCAAAACAGCUUCUGCUAGACGGGUGACGGCAGUGCUGCCUCUGUUCCCCUACUCCCGCCAGAGCGACAUUCCCUACAAUAAGGUCGGAGCUCCUCUUGGAAAGUCGACACUGCCAGCCAAGUCUGAUCCUGGAAAUUGCUACACAUUCGAGAGUACCCCUGCUACCCCGCAUCCUGGGAAGGCCGAAAGCGGAAGCCUUGCCAAUGGCGUGGAUAACCUUCAGAAAGGACUUGUGAAAGCUCAACUCGAUGAACAUGACUCCAUUGUGCCCAACGGAAGUCCCCAGAAGCGCCGUCCAGGCGCAAAUGGGAUGACUCGCAGUGACACCAUCGAUUCUGUGAGAUCGGAAAGCAGCAAUCGCGCCUCUCAGAACGGAAAUGCGAACGAUGAUAACGUGAGUGUCACGUCCACUUCUUCUAGGACAGCCACUUUCCAGCCGCGUCCUGGUUAUAGGCAGUGGGUUGCGCAGCCUGGUACACUUGUCGCGGACCUGCUCACCUGUGCCGGUGCCGAUCACAUCAUCACGAUGGAUCUGCAUGAUCCCCAGUAUCAGGGUUUCUUCGAUAUUCCGGUCGACAACCUGUAUGGCCGACCUCUGCUGAAGAGGUACAUUCAACGCAACAUCCCCAACUACAAAGAGGCUGUCAUUGUCAGUCCUGAUGCAGGUGGUGCCAAGCGCGCUACAGCCAUUGCAGACUCGAUGGGCAUGGAGUUCGCGCUCAUCCACAAGGAACGUCGUCCUAUCAGGAUCACGGACCGUCAGAACGCAACCAUGAUGCUGGUCGGAGAUGUGAAAGAUCGGAUAGCAAUCCUGCUUGACGACUUAGCUGAUACAUCGAAUACUAUCACAAGAGCUGCUAAGCUGCUGAAGAAAGAGGGCGCCUCUCGUGUCUAUGCCUUGGUUACCCAUGGCAUCUUCAGCGGAGACGCCAUUGAGCGCAUCAACGCCAGCGCGCUGGACAAAGUCGUAGUGACCAACAGUGUCGACCAAGAUGAGCACAAGCGGAGAUGCCCCAAGCUUGAGGUCUUAGAAGUCGGUCACGUAUUCGCUGAGGCCAUUCGCCGCGUCCAUCACGGCGAGAGUAUCAGUGUUCUCUUCCAGUACGAUUAGAUGAAAUUCACAUGACACAAAACGGGGGGUUUCUUUGCUAUUUUAUUUUAUCUUUUUGCUCGCUCCGGGGAGAAUCAAAAAUCACAAACCGGGGUAAAGAUGAUAGGCCGUU